AGCGCCAUGGUGGAACCGCCCUGCGCGAUGCAAGCGGGCGGCUUUGACUCCUCUGACGAAGACGCCGCUGAGGAGGACCCGAGGCCGCUCCCGAUCUCCUGGUUGUCUUUGUCUCCUGUCUACUCUUCUGAGUUCCUGGGAUUAUGUUCCCUUCCGGGUUGCAGGUUUAAGGAUGUUAGAAGAAAUCUUCAGAAAGAUAUAGAAGAACUAAAGAACUAUGGGACCCAGGAUAUAUUUGUGCUUUGUACCAGAGGAGAGCUCUCAAAAUACCGAGUACCGAACCUUAUAGACACCUACCAACAGCAUGGGAUCUGUGUGCACCACUAUCCUAUUCCUGAUGGGGACGCUCCUGACAUUGCCAAGUGCUGCAAAAUUCUGGAAGAGCUCAGAAGCUGCCUGGAAAGUAACCGGAAAACAAUCAUACACUGUUACGGUGGCCUCGGACGCUCAUGUCUCAUAGCUGCGUGUCUCCUGCUUCAGCUUUCGGAUGUGCUGGCACCUCAGCAGGCGAUAGACAGCCUCAGAAACUUGAGAGGAUCUGGGGCAAUACAGACCAUCAAGCAAUACAAUUACCUCCAUGACUUUCGAGAGAACCUAGCUGCAUAUCUGGCAACAAAGGAUACGAUAUUAAGAUCGGUAUCGCGAUAACCAAUACUGGCAUGGUGUAUCUUUGUCUACGUGGCUGCGGCAGACACCUGGCCAAGAUGUCUCACUCCUGACCAUCACAGUUUCUCAUCGCUGCUGCCUGUGUGACACAGCUGCUUGCUUCCACAUCUACGUGUAAAAUGUUAGGGCGGGGGAAGGAAAUCCUACAGAACGUACAGCAUCUUCCUCUGUUUGGCAGUCUUUUGUACUCACUGCCUUAAAAAUACGUGGAAGUGUAUUUGUGUUUAUUACUGCUCUGCUGGUGGCCUGCAUGCUUAAUGAGUUUGUUUUCAAUAGAAUAAUGACUCUUACACAGUGUCUACCUCGCAUUUAACAUCGCUUGGUACCGUGAGCGUCUGCUGCCAUUGAACUGGUAUGCUGAUUAUUUCAUGCUGACAUCUUAUGGGCUCCUUCAGUGAAGUUACUGAGUGGAAGGGAGGUCUGGCUGUCAAAGCAGCGACUGCAUUUCA